AGACCGCGUGACAGAAGAAGUCACGUGCAUGGGGGAAGUUUGUAUUUGCCUUAUCGGAGUUGCCGCUUAUAAAAAUUUUUAAAUUUUACGUUCAUACAGUGUGGCGCAUGGAACAAGAUCCUUAAAAAUGGGAGUGGCCUUUUUCGCGCAUUGACAAACUGAUCUGACUGAAAGUGCUAAGACGGAUCAAGUAUUCGAUGUUCCGUGCAAGUAUUUUAAUAGACUUUGAGAAAUACGUAAGUGCUUUUGAUAAUGAGGUGGUGCUUUUAAAAAAAUUACAAUUACAAAUUAAUAUAUGAAUCGGUAUUCAUUUUUCAGUAUUGGAGGGUAUUAUUAAAAGUCCCUAUAGUUAUUUUUUAUAUCUGUUAUUCUGUUGUAGUUUAUCUAUUACAUUUGUGUUUACUUGCCUUGAAUUAUCGUUUACAUUUAAUUUGUGAACAGUGUAAAAAAACAGUCUGCAUGGUGAAGUGCGUGAAUGUCGUCGGUGGUGUCGUAAGGGGAAGAAAAGUCGAACCGGACGUUUAGGUAGACGUAUCGAUUGCAUCUAUCCGAAAAUUCUUUCAUCAAUGCAUAACAUCAGAGGUUACGUUCUUAAGUCACAAUUAAUUCGUUAAAGAAGCGUAUGAAAAUGUUUCAAGAUUUGACAUAGUGAGCUGCUCAGUCGGAGGGGCUGCAGCUGGGCCAUCAGGAAUGUUAAUAAUGCCUUCGGUAUUGGAAGAAGUUGAUGACAGUUCCAACGUAUAUACUCCGCUAGUUGACUCUAGUGGAAUUACCGUUGUUCCACCCAGUCCAUCCUCGAAACCUCUUAAGACUAUUAAUGAUGUCAGGGUGCUUUUGCAACAAGGACGAAAGCAAGAUCUGAAACAGCUUCUUCGCAAUAAUCCUUGGCCUGUUAACAAUCCCAUUCGAAAGGAGCUGUGGCCCCUGCUGUGUACACAGCAUCAGAAUGGCAAAUCCAACAUCAUCGAUGGCUUUUAUUGGGAUAUGGUGAAUCAAGUUUUUGGAAGCACCGAAUUACCUGAUAAACCGAUUAGCUUACCACCUUUCGUGGAGCCCUCCCACUGCCAGUCAUAUUACAUGACACACAAGGGGCGAAGUGUUACUGAUCGUGUUGUGUCAGUGCUAGGAUAUGCUUGCCCCGAUAUAGUAUACAGCCCCACUAUUUACCCCAUCUGUGCUCUUCUUCUUCACUACGUGUCAG